UGCCAGCGCCGCCUGUCACUGAGAAAACAAAAAAUUGUGUGGUUAAGUGCUCACUCGAAUGUUUGGUUUUGCAUUCCUUGGACAAAGAUUACUGCAUUUUCUCCGAUAAAUACCAGUCAGUUGUGCACCCUACAUAUCCCCGCGGUGCCCCCUCGGGCGAUAGCCUGAAAAUCGGCCGCCGAAAGACAGAUUUUGUGCUUGAAAGUGAGAGUGAAAAGGUGUCUAGAUCGCCCAUUGAUAGCGCAUGGUCGUAUUUUUGGGGCUCUUCUGGCAGCAUUUUCAUCAAUUUCUCCAGCAAAAGUGUCCGGGAGUGAAAGUUGCGAAUAUUUGAGUAAGUAGUGAGUGCUAAAGAGUGAAUUCUCGGGUGAAUUUGGAAGGAAAAAGUGAGAAGAAGUGAUUUAUUGUGAUCCGGAAGGUCCAGGUGUGUUUGGAUUCAGGAUGGAGGUGAAUGGGGAUGUGGCUAGGCUGGCUGGGGAGUUGGCUCGUGCAGUGGAGGUCACAAUGAACACACAUGCCACGCAGAAUGAUCGGAUGGAGGCGUAUAUGGCAUGUGAACGUUUCAAAGAGACUUCUCCACUCUGUGCCCAGGCCGGUCUAUUUCUGGCCAGUGGGCAGUUUCCGCUCACAGUACGACACUUUGGGCUGCAGCUGAUGGAGCACACGGUAAAGUUCAAGUGGUACAGUAUCUCGCAGCAGGAGAAGAUUUUUGUGAAGGAGAAUGCCAUGAAAUUGCUGGCCAGUGGAGUUGGUCCAGCCGAAGAUGCUUCCUUGAUGCACAUUAAGGAUGCUUUGAGUCGAAUCAUCGUGGAGAUGAUCAAGAGGGAGUGGCCACAGCAGUGGACGACGCUCCUGGCUGAACUUUCAGAUGCCUGCGUCAAGGGAGAGGCUCAGACGGAACUGGUUCUGCUGAUUUUUCUGCGCCUGGUUGAGGAUGUGGCUCUGCUGCAGACAAUGGAAUCUAGCCAGAGGCGCAAGGAUAUCUAUUCAGCCCUCACGGCCAACAUGACGGAGAUCUUUGACUUCUUCAUGCGAUUAAUUGAGCUCCACGUGAGCAACUUCCGGAGUGCCCAAGUGGCAGGAAGUGCCCAGCAGGCUCUCAGUCAUGCUCGGGUCGUUCAAGUUGUCCUGCCCACAAUCACCAGCUUCGUCGAAUGGGUUUCCAUUGUGCACAUUGUGGCCAAUGAAGGACGCCUCCUUCAGAUUCUCUGCAUCCUGCUCAAUGAUGCUGCUUUCCAGAUUGGUGCCUCUGAGUGCCUGGCCCAGAUUCUCAGUCGCAAGACCGUGGCCAAGGAACGAAUCCCACUGAGUCUCCUCUUUCGCACUGACUUCAUCAGUUAUAUCUAUCGCUCCGUAGCAGCAGCCGAAGCCUCUCUCCUUCCUGACACUUACACCUUCCUCAAGAAGGUCGUAGCGGUGCUGACGGGCCUGGCCCAGCAUCUCACCCUUGGGAAGACAAAGGAAGAGGGCAUUCCCUGCAACUCUCCCAGCUUCAUCACAUUCCUCGAGACAGUGAUGAUGCUCACGCGGCAUCCGAGUCUCUCAGUGGCUCACGGGGGCGCCCUCAUCUGGAUUAUGCUCCUGAGGUACGAGCAUAUCGCCAAGGAUCCAGCAUUUGUGGAGUACGUGCCCAAGAUUAUCGAAAUCGCCGGACCCAAGAUCAUCAAAAUACUCUACCCGGCCAAUCGCCCUGUUGAGAUUACCUUGGAUCCACGGGUGUUCGCCAGCAUUGACUACGACAGCGAAGAAGAGUUUGCCCUCUUCUUCCAUCGCUGCCGAACGGAUUUCAUUGACAUCUUUCGCCAGGCCACAAUGACAGCUCCUCUCGUAACCUUUGGUUUCUGCGAACAGUGGAUGUCACUUCGACUGCAGAAGGCAAUGGCUGGGGAGGUGACCAACAUGACAGUACAAGAUCCAGCCUACAUGGAGUGGGAGGCACUUAGCUAUGUUCUCGAUGCAGUUAUUGGGCGAAUUUUGCUCGUAACUGAACGUCCGUCAGUUCAAUCAGGUCUUAGGUUGUUAGAGGAGUGUCUGAAGGUAGAUACUCCUGAUCCUUUGGUCCUCUCAAUCAUUCUCUCGUGCAUUUCGGCCCUAUUUAUGUUCCUCAGCAUGUCUUCGUGUCAGAUAACGGCUGGAAAUUGUGUAGCCAUGUCGGGUGUAUCUCUUCUGCCGCGUGUGCUGCAGAAGAUCUUUGCGUGCUUGGUGUUCAGAGAUCAGAGUCCUGAACCAAGUGUCACGUCAACGAAGGCCGUGAAGAAUCUCAGGCGACAUUCGGCAGCGCUGAUGGUGAAGCUGGGGAUUAAGUAUCCACUGCUUCUGCUGCCGGUGUUCGAUCAGAUCAAUGGCACGGUACAGGGAUUGAUUGGAACUCCCAAUCAAUUGAGUCGUGGUGAGAAGACCACGAUGCAGGAGGCUCUGCUGCAGAUAUCUAACCAUUUCUGCGAUUAUGAGCGUCAGACGGCCUUUGUGGCGGAGAUUAUUGCCGAAGGGCGACAACAGUGGUUAAGUCUGGUGUCAGCUGUCAAGUCACCCAGAGACUUUAUCCACUAUGUUGGGUUGGACAUUGAGCCGAGGCCUCAGGGGGAAACCCCAACCCAUCCCACGGUUAUCAAUCGUACUCAACUAACUUAUGCCAUCAAUAUUGUUGUUGGGGUCAUUAAACGCUGCUCCUGGCCCGAUGAUCCCGACAGAGCGUCCCGUGGUGGUUUUGUUGUGGGCCUCACGGAGUCUGGCAACCCCAUAUGUCGAAAUCCUGCCACUCCGCAUGUCAUUCCCCUCCUGCCGCACAUCCUUAGUCUGAUUCGCGUGGUCAAUGAGCUGUUCUCUAGCCUGCAUCUCAUGGUGGAGGCCUUUAGGGGUGUUCAUGCGAUUUUGGAGUCUGAGAAACGAGCUCUGAUUGGAAUGCCUGUGAUUCCCAAUGAUCCAAUGGAUCCAGAGGCUGAGAAGAAGGUGCAAACAACUGAAGUUGAUCGGAUGCAGCAAUUUUUGCAUUUUCUCUUUGAGACAAAUAUCCAUCUGAUUGGAUCGGCUGGACCGUCCCUCGGACGGGAUCUCUAUCAAAUUCCAGGAAUAGCAGAUGCCGUAAUUGGCAGUGUAUUUGCCAAUGUGGAAAAUGUGCCAGACUACAGACUCAGAACCAUCAAUAGGGUCUUCAUGAAGCCAUUCGUGUUCUCCUGCCCACCAGCAUUCUAUGACGCUGUCCUCCUGCCUGUUUUUGCCUACCUGGCACCAUUCAUGCUCAAUCGCCUGACUGCUAGAUGGCAGUACAUCUCGUCUCUGUACGAGAGCGGCGAACUAGGUGAGGAUGUUAGUGAUACGCAGGAAGUCAUUGAGGACAUGGUGUAUCGGGCAAUGGCCAGGGAGUACCUUGAGUUGCUCAAGGUAGCUCUCGUGGGUGGACAAUUGACCACGGAUCACAGCAAUCCGUCAGACGAAACGAUGGACCAAGAUGACUUGUCUAUGGAUGGUCCUCCGCAACAAUUAUCCAGAGCUGCUCAGUCAGCAAUGGCCUCAGAAAUCAUUAGCGAUCUGGGCGGUAAAUUACUUCACUGCCCAGCAACGUGCAGCUCAAUAGUCAUGACUGUUCUCAACAUUCUCACAUGGAAUGACAGCUGCUCUAGUUUCAAGGCGACGCUGCUAACGGGGCCAAUCAUUAGAUAUUUAGCUGCUGAGGGACUAAUCACAGAUUCUCUGGCAUCUAGCACAAUGAUGUCAGUGCUUCAGUGUCUCCAGGUUCAUGGACAACACGAAACAAAUCAGCAUUCUUGCAUUACCCUUGGAGUGCAAAUCUACGAGAUCCUUCGUCCAAAGUUCCCUGUCGUGAUUGAUGUGAUGCAGAAGAUUCCCAACAUCACUGUGGCCGAUGUGCAGAAGUUGGACGAGAAGAUUGCCACUGGCAGUACGAAGGGGAACAAAAUUGAGAAGGGAAAGAGGGAUCUCUUCAAGAAGAUCACCAGUCAAGUGAUUGGCAAGAAUGCAGGUCAAUUGUUCAAGAAGGAGAUUAAAAUUGUGGAACUGCCACCUCUGCAGCUUCAGAAUCUCCAUCGUCGGAAUCAUCAGAAUGCCCUCGAUGGAUCCAUAGGUCCUACAAUUUCUGAAAUGUUCAACACGAAGAGCUAGGACGAAGCGAUCGGAGGCACAAAGCAAGAAACUUCUUAGCAAUGUGGCAUCUAAUCCAGUGAAGACAGAAAGGUAAGGAAAAUGGACUGUUUGACAAGAAAAAAAAUCGCAACUAGACUUCUUUGAAGAGAAUAUUUAGACAAUACUUAAAGGAAAAAAUUUUAGCAGAAGCAUUUAUACACAAAUUUCUAUCAUCAAAUUUUUGCUUAAUUUAUUUAGCUUUUUUUAUUGUUUUGAAAACUGAAAAGACAUGUUUUUGGAGAUGAAGAGUAUUUAGGGAAAAAAUUAAAAAUAUACAUAUUUUUUUGGAUCUUAAUUGUGAAAAUAAUUCCAGGGUUUUACAGUUUUUUGAAUAUGAAAUAGUGGUGCAUAUUUUUGUGGAAGUAAAAAAAUAAAUAAUAAGGAUUCUCAAAAUAA